AUGGCCCGAGGGCUGGAGGGGAAGCUCGAGGGCCAGGUCCUUCGCACGCUGGCCGGGGCGUCGCUCGCCAAGUGCGUCGCCGCCUGCAGGGUCGUGGGAGGCUGCAAGGGAUUCAACCGACAGAGAGCUUCAGGCACGUGUGACCUGCUGGCGACCCGCCUGUGUGAGAACGACAUUCUGCUUCUGAGUUCUGCGGAGGCAGACUGGCGCUACUUCGAUAUGCAAGACGCCUCGUAUCCAGAUCCAAGCCACGUGUUCUUCAACCACUCAAUGUGCACUGAACGGGGAAUGUGUUCUUCUGCAUGUGAACGCGGGAUAGAUCAGUCUUGCACGGACAACAUCCAGUGUCAAGCUGCAACCGAAAACAGCUAUUGCACAGCCGCCUCGCCAAGCUCCCCCGGGGUCUGCCGUUGCAACACGCACUACUGGAAAUACAACGCGACGCUCUGCAUUCACCAGACCAGCCUGGACUCCAGCAUCUGGUCGUGGAUUUUCAAGAAGGUCGUCAACAACAUGUGCUAUGUGACCUUCACGGCGCGCGUGAAGCAGGACAUCUGGAUCCACCUCGGCAGCUACGAGGACUGGCACUCCGGCAUCACGCAGUACUACUUCAUUCUAGGCGGCUGGGGCAACACUCAGUCAAUAUUAGAUAGAGACGGCACACGGAUGGUGACGGCAGCUACAGAAGGAUUAUGUACAAAUAACUAUCAAAACUUCACUCUUUACUGGUGCAAUGGAAACAUCAGAGUGUCUCUUACGGGAGUCAGUACCUUCAUAGCCUGGGACGACCCGGCGCCCUUCACCGUCAACACACUCGGCUUCAGAAUGCCUUACACCGACGGCCACGCCCACAUAUUCUUCCCUCACAACCUCGUCGACCCAUACUUCCCCACCAGCGUCGAGACCGGCGGUAGGUGCGCCGUGCUGGAGGGUGUGGAAUAG